AUGACUCUCUGGAUCUUCAGAACUCUCGUAUUACUCUCUCGAAACACCUCUCAGCUUCUCCACAAACCUCCAGCCCUGCAUUCAGUAUCCCUCCUUUUCUUUUCCGCUUUUAGGUCCACAGAAUCUAAACCCAAAACCACAAUCUUUGAUUACUUGAUCAAUCAACUACAGUUCUCCCCUGAAUCCGCUUCAGUUGUCUCAUCAUCAACUACUAAGUACCUCAUAGAACCCCAAAAUGCAGAUUCGGUGCUAAAUUUCCUCAUAAAAAAUGGUUUCUCUAAAGCCCACAUUGAAAAUGUUGUACGAAGAGUGCCCCGUAUUCUCUCUGCUAGUCUUGAGAAUAAAAUCAAGCCAAAAAUCAAGAUUUUUCGGGACUUGGGUUUUAAUUCCAUCGAUGUUGCUGAUAUAGUAUCUGCUGAUCCUUGGAUUUUGGAUUAUAGUGCGGAUAAUAAGCUCGGGCCAUCAAUUUUAGCCUUAAAGAAUGUGUUGGGAUCUGACGCUGAUGUUUCUACGUUGUUAAAGAUUUCUGGAUGGUUUCUAAAGAAGGAUUUGGAAAGGACAUUGAUACCUAACAUCAAAUACUUGAAGAGUUGUGGGAUUAGUUCCUCACAAAUCUUUGGAUGUGUGUUUAACUUUCCACGGUUUUUUCUAGAGAAGCCAGAGAAUAUUAAGGAAUUUGUUAGAAGGGUUGAUGAAAUGGGCGUUGAUAGGAAAUCUAAGACGUUUCUUCCUGCCAUUAGGGUGCUGGGUUCCAUGACUAAAGAGAAUUGGGAGCGCAAAUUGAAACUCUUCAGGGAACUGGGGUUCUCAGAGGAUAAUAUUUUGUUUGCUUUUGGGAGGGUAGCUCAAGUACUUGCAGUAUCUGAGAGGAAGAUUAAGGAAGUAACUCAGUUGUUGCUAAGUGUUGAGAACAUCAACAUCUCUUACAUUAUUUGCCACCCAGAGUUUGUGACAUCGGAACUUUUGAGGUCUGAAUAG